GAGAGGGAGUGGGGAAGUAGGUGAAGGAGAAGCCACAACAACCACCACCGUCUCGGCAGCAAAAGCCGUUCAAAGCACACACCAAACGCCAGAGAGCAAUCAGUCCUCCAUUUUCUGCCAUAGUCGCAGCAACUCAGCUCGUUUUCGUUUGGGGAUAGAUUUUUCUGCAACCGCAAUGGCUAACGCAGCGUCCGGUUUUGCUGUGGAUGAUGACUGCAAGCUGAAGUUUCUGGAAUUGAAGGCAAAGAGAACAUAUCGCUUCAUAGUGUUCAAGAUUGACGAGAAGAAAAAUGAGGUGAUUGUGGAGAAACUCGGUGAGCCAGCUGAAAGCUACGAAGACUUUACUGCAAACCUUCCUGAUAAUGAAUGCAGAUAUGCUGUCUAUGAUUUUGACUUUGUGACUGCAGAGAAUUGUCAGAAAAGCAGGAUUUUCUUCAUCGGAUGGUCUCCCGACACAGCAAGGGUGAGAAACAAGAUGAUUUAUGCAAGCUCCAAGGACAGGUUCAAGAGAGAAUUGGAUGGCAUACAAGUCGAGCUGCAGGCUACUGAUCCGACUGAGAUAGGCCUCGAUGUUAUCAAAAGUCGUGCAAACUAAGAAGCCUGGUCUCUGUUAUGGCCAUUUUUCUCAAGCUCUGUUUUACUUUUAAGUGGAAUGUUAAUAGUUUGUGGGGUUGUGAACCUGACUGGAUUGUAAUACUCGGUUUGAAAUUUAUAGUACUGUGUUUUCUUC